AUGAUGGGACGAGCCACGGACAGGGGCGGGGGAGGAGCCACGGACAGGGGCGGGGGAGGAGCCACGGACAGGGGCGGGGGAGGAGCCACGGACAGGGGCGGGGGAGGAGCCACGGACAGGGGCGGGGGAGGAGCCACGGACAGGGGCGGGGGAGGAGCCACGGACAGGGGCGGGGGAGGAGCCACGGACAGGGGCGGGGGAGGAGCCACGGACAGGGGCGGGGGAGGAGCCACGGACAGGGGCGGGGGAGGAGCCACGGACAGGGGCGGGGGAGGAGCCACGGACAGGGGCGGGGGAGGAGCCACGGACAGGGGCGGGGGAGGAGCCACGGACAGGGGCGGGGGAGGAGCCACGGACAGGGGCGGGGGAGGAGCCACGGACAGGGGCGGGGGAGGAGCCACGGACAGGGGCGGGGGAGGAGCCACGGACAGGGGCGGGGGAGGAGCCACGGACAGGGGCGGGGGAGGAGCCACGGACAGGGGCGGGGGAGGAGCCACGGACAGGGGCGGGGGAGGAGCCACGGACAGGGGCGGGGGAGGAGCCACGGACAGGGGCGGGGGAGGAGCCACGGACAGGGGCGGGGGAGGAGCCACGGACAGGGGCGGGGGAGGAGCCACGGACAGGGUUGUACAUCCUGGAGUUAUUUCUGUUAUUUAUGUGAAAAUGAGAGCUGGCCAGAACACACUAAACGAUUUGAAAGAAAUUAUUCAUAGUUAG